AUGGCCCCUCGUACCCUCAAAGUCGGCUGCGCAGGUGCAGGCCGCAUGGGCAAACGCCACGCCAUGAACCUGCUGCACCGCGCUCCUCGCUCAGAUUUGGUGGCUAUUUUAAGCCCCGACGCAGAGGAGAGAAAAUGGGCAAAGAAUGAACUGGAGCCGUAUGGGGUGGUCAUUUACGAUAACUACGACGCUAUGCUUCAGCACGCUGGACUAGAGGCCGUGCUGAUUGCUACGAUUACCACUGUGCAUGCCGAACAGGCUAUCAAAGCUAUUGAAGCGGGGAAGCAUGUUCUCUGCGAGAAGCCUCUGUCUACGAGUGCAUCGAUUUCACAAUCGAUCGUUGACGCUGCCAGUCAGAAACCCGAGCUAAAGGUGAUGUGUGGCUUCUCUCGACGAUUCGACACUUCCUACCGCGACGCCUGGGUCAAGAUGGAUGCUGGACUCAUCGGCCACGUAUCCAUCAUCCGCAGUCAAACCUGCGAUAAAAUCGACCCCACGGGCACCUUCAUCUCCUUCGCGGCGACCUCCGGAGGCAUCUUCUGCGACUGCUCCGUGCACGACAUUGACCUUGUCCUCUGGUUUUUUGGCCCCCAAAGCAAAGUCAAAUCCGUGGUAGCAUCCGGUGUGACAACCCUGCACCCGGAACUGCAAAAGUACAAGGACGCAGACAAUGCAGUGGGGAUCAUCGAAUUCCACGACUCCCGCAUCGCGUAUAUAUUCUGUUCCCGCAUGAUGGCGGCGGGUCAGGAAGACACAAUGGAGAUAAUUGGUACGAAGGGAAAGCUGACCGUCAAUAGCCAGGCGCAACGCAACUUGGUCAGCAUUUUUGAUUCCACUGGUUCCCGUCGUGAACUUCCGGCGCAUUAUUACGAGCGUUUCGAGACCGCUUUCGUCGAUGAGGUUAAUGAGUUUGCGGCUUGUUGUCUUGAUGAUACGACUUUGCCGAUGCGGUUGGAUGGGGCGGUGGAAGCGGUUAAGAUUGCGAGGGCCUUGCAGGAUUCUCUCGUCACCGGUGAUCGUAUUUGGUUUGAUGGCAGGGGUGAGAGAUGUGAGAAGAUGUCAGUAAUCCAGUAG